CCUCCUGGGCUAUUUGCAGCAAAACAAGAGUUUCUGAGAAAGGGCUGAGCUACCUGCGAGACUGGUGCAGGUGGGCUUUGUAUUAACUCAGGGUUCAGCUUCCUGAGCCCCAGCUGUUGGCCUUGCCAUCUAGCGUAAGGUGGUGGUUGUAGGGGGUUCAUUAGGUUCCGAACUGGGGAACAGACUGUUUGCAAUAGUCUGGCUUUUGGAUUUCCUUCUCAUUUCUUGGUAAAGUUUGCAGCAGCAAAGGCUUCAUGGCCACAGAGGACGUCGACUGGCUGGACCUGCCAGGCAGGUGGACUUAUGGCGUUUGCAGUGACGGGAGAAUCUUCUUUAUCAAUGAUGAAUCAAAAUCUACUUCCUGGACACAUCCAGGCAGUGGCUGUCCCAUCCAGAGUGGGCACUUCACCUGGUCAGAGCUGCCCAGAGGCUGGGAGAUGGACACGACAUCUGAGGGAGCCAUAUUUUUUAUCAAGUAAGUGAGCUGCUGA